AGCCCCCUCCCCCGGACCCUGCCCCGCCUUGCAGAGUCCCGUGCGGUCGCCGAGGCCACCGCUGUCCUCACAACGCUCGCUCGCUCGGCGCCCGAGAGCCGCGGGCUUGCGCGUGCCGGCAACUUUACAGUCGCCGGGGGCGCGGCUCCUCUUGGUGCGUGUGCGAGUGUGCCUGUCCCCGGCGGCCUCCUGGGGGCAGCAGCGGAAAAGGGGACGAGGAGAAAGAGGCUGCCUCGGUGCACGGUGGCAAAGCAGGCAGGAGCCGCGCCGGUUCUGGAGACCUGAACUCCACCGGGGCUGCGUCCAGGGCGCUUUCGAACGUCGCAGCCGCCGCCCUCCGGGCCGGCAUCGUCGACCCGCUGUAAGAUUGCGAUUCUUUGUGCCUGCUCCGGCCAUAGCAGCGGUGUUUGCGGGCAAAGGAACGGCGGCCGCGGCAGCAGCAACCCCAGCCCGGGCGGGACUGGUGAGCGCACCGGCGGUUUGAGGCAGAAAGGGAGGGUCGCGGCGCCUGUGGUGGACGCGUUCUCCGGCGCCCGUCCUCCUCAGCUGGCCCUGACUUGGGCACCCUGUGCGGGUCUCUAACAAUGGUGCAGAGCGCCGGCGCGAGCCCCGCGUCCGCCCAGCGGUCGUAGAGGAAGUGGCCGGGCUCAGGGUGGGGUGGGCAGGGAGACGCCCCCCGCCAGUCACUCGCUGGAGUUUGCCUGCGCGCUUGGCCUCUCCGGCCCCAAGCCCCGGCUCCGCUCGCGAUCACCGACGGCGGCCCAAUUCUGAGGAGAUGGUGCCAGCGCCCGGAUUAAUCUAGCCCUCGGUUCGCUCUUUCUCCCUUCCUUCUCUUCCUCCUCCUCCUCCUCCUUUACCUCCUGCUGGUGCUGCCGCUGGGUUCCCGGCGAGUGGGAGUAUAACUCUGCCUCUCCAAGGAGACUGGUUUGUGACCACUGAACAGAUCUUGCUCACUGAAAGCAAACCCGGAACAGCUGGAUAAUGUCCACCCCGAGUAGAUUCAAAAAGGACAAAGAGAUCAUAGCAGAGUAUGAAAGUCAAGUCAAAGAAAUUCGAGCUCAACUAGUAGAGCAACAAAAAUGCCUGGAGCAGCAAACAGAGAUGCGAGUUCAGCUUCUCCAGGACCUGCAAGAUUUCUUCCGAAAAAAAGCUGAAAUUGAGACAGAAUAUUCUCGGAACCUAGAGAAGUUAGCAGAAAGGUUCAUGGCAAAAACAAGAAGUACUAAAGAUCAUCAGCAGUACAAGAAAGACCAGAACCUCUUGUCUCCAGUGAACUGCUGGUAUUUACUCCUGAACCAAGUGAGGAGAGAAAGCAAAGACCAUGCAACCUUGAGCGACAUCUAUCUGAACAAUGUGAUUAUGCGGUUCAUGCAGAUAGGUGAAGAUUCCACCAGGAUGUUUAAAAAGAGCAAAGAGAUUGCAUUCCAACUUCAUGAGGAUUUAAUGAAGGUUCUUAAUGAGCUUUAUACGGUGAUGAAAACAUACCACAUGUACCAUGCAGAAAGCAUCAGUGCAGAGAGCAAGCUGAAAGAGGCUGAGAAACAAGAAGAAAAGCAAAUUGGAAGAUCUGGUGACCCAGUCUUUCAUAUUAGACUAGAAGAGAGACAUCAGCGACGAAGCUCUGUAAAGAAAAUAGAAAAAAUGAAAGAAAAGAGACAAGCAAAAUAUUCUGAAAAUAAGCUAAAGUCAAUUAAGGCACGGAAUGAGUAUCUCCUAACCCUUGAAGCAACCAAUGCCUCAGUUUUCAAGUAUUAUAUUCAUGACCUUUCAGAUUUAAUUGAUUGCUGUGAUCUUGGCUACCAUGCAAGUCUGAACAGAGCCCUAAGAACGUAUCUCUCUGCGGAGUAUAACCUUGAAACCUCCAGACAUGAAGGCUUAGACAUUAUUGAGAAUGCAGUUGACAAUUUAGAACCAAGAAGUGAUAAGCAGAGAUUCAUGGAGAUGUACCCGGCUGCAUUUUGUCCACCAAUGAAGUUUGAGUUUCAGUCUCACAUGGGUGACGAGGUCUGCCAGGUCAGCGCUCAGCAGCCAGUGCAGGCUGAGCUCAUGCUCAGGUAUCAGCAGCUACAGUCCCGACUAGCCACGCUCAAGAUCGAGAGUGAGGAGGUUAAGAAGACAUCUGAAGCCACAUUGCAGACAAUUCAAGAUAUGGUCACCAUUGAGGACUAUGAUGUUUCUGAAUGCUUCCAGCACAGUCGCUCCACAGAGUCCGUGAAGUCUACUGUCUCUGAAACCUACCUGAGUAAGCCCAGCAUCGCCAAGAGAAGAGCGAACCAGCAGGAAACCGAACAGUUCUACUUCAUGAAACUGAGAGAAUACUUAGAAGGCAGUAAUCUCAUCACAAAACUUCAAGCCAAACAUGACGUGCUACAGAGGACCCUUGGAGAAGGUCAUAGAGCUGAAUAUAUGACUACAAGGCCUCCAAAUGUUCCCCCUAAGCCCCAGAAACACAGGAAGUCCAGACCCCGCUCACAGUAUAAUGCUAAGUUGUUUAAUGGGGAUUUGGAAACAUUCGUCAAGGACUCAGGACAGAUUAUACCCCUCAUUGUAGAAAGCUGUGUCCGGUUCAUCAAUCUCUAUGGUCUUCAGCAUCAGGGGAUUUUCAGAGUGUCUGGUUCACAGGUGGAAGUCAAUGAUAUUAAAAACUCCUUUGAGAGAGGUGAAAACCCUUUGGCUGAUGAUCAGAGUAACCAUGAUAUUAACUCAGUUGCUGGCGUUCUGAAGCUCUAUUUCCGUGGGCUGGAAAACCCCCUCUUUCCUAAGGAAAGAUUUAAUGAUCUGAUUUCUUGUAUCAGAAUAGAUAAUCUCUAUGAGAGGGCGCUUCACAUCCGCAAACUCCUCCUGACUUUGCCCAGGUCGGUCCUUAUAGUGAUGAGGUACCUCUUUGCCUUCCUCAACCAUCUUUCACAGUACAGUGAUGAAAACAUGAUGGACCCUUAUAACCUGGCCAUUUGCUUUGGCCCAACACUGAUGCCUGUUCCAGAAAUACAAGAUCAAGUGUCUUGCCAGGCUCACGUGAAUGAAAUUGUGAAAACCAUUAUCAUCCACCAUGAGACUAUUUUCCCAGAUGCUAAAGAGCUAGACGGCCCUGUUUAUGAGAAAUGCAUGGCUGGAGACGACUACUGUGACAGCCCGUACAGCGAGCACGGUACAUUGGAGGAAGUGGAUCAGGACGCUGGUACAGAGCCCCACACUAGUGAAGACGAAUGUGAGCCAAUAGAAGCAAUAGCCAAGUUUGACUAUGUCGGGCGGUCUGCCAGAGAACUGUCCUUCAAGAAGGGAGCCUCCCUGCUGCUGUAUCACCGUGCAUCUGAAGACUGGUGGGAAGGCAGGCACAACGGGAUUGACGGGCUUGUGCCUCACCAGUACAUAGUGGUACAGGAUAUGGAUGAUACAUUUUCAGACACGCUGAGCCAAAAAGCAGACAGUGAGGCCAGCAGUGGACCAGUCACUGAAGACAAGUCUUCCUCUAAGGAUAUGAACUCCCCAACAGACCGUCAUCCUGAUGGCUACUUAGCCAGACAAAGGAAAAGAGGUGAGCCACCCCCUCCGGCAAGGCGUCCUGGCAGGACCAGUGAUGGCCAUUGUCCCCUCCACCCUCCUCAUGCUCUUUCCAACUCCUCAGUUGACCUGGGCUCCCCAAGCCUGGCCAGUCACCCCCGGGGCCUGCUGCAGAACCGUGGCCUCAACAACGACAGUCCUGAGAGGCGGCGCCGGCCUGGCCAUGGCAGCCUGACCAACAUCAGCCGGCACGACUCCCUCAAGAAGAUCGACAGCCCUCCCAUCAGGAGGUCCACGUCCUCAGGGCAGUACACUGGCUUCAACGACCACAAGCCGCUGGACCCAGAGACGAUUGCUCAGGAUAUUGAGGAAACAAUGAACACUGCUUUGAAUGAACUCCGAGAACUGGAGAGGCAGAGUACAGCGAAGCAUGCCCCCGAUGUGGUGCUGGAUACCUUGGAACAAGUGAAAAACUCCCCUACCCCUGCCACUUCCACGGAAUCGCUCAGCCCUUUGCACAACGUUGCCCUCAGGAGCUCUGAACCUCAGAUUCGACGUAGCACUAGCUCCUCCAGUGACACAAUGAGUACUUUCAAGCCUCUGGUGGCACCCAGAAUGGGUGUACAGCUGAAGCCCCCAGCCCUUAGGCCAAAACCUGCUGUUCUUCCAAAAACAAACCCUACCAUAGGACCUGUCCCACCUUCCCAGGGUCCAACAGACAAGUCUUGCACAAUGUAAAAAUCAGCUGAGCAAGGUCACAAGGGGAGGUGAUUUAAAAAAGAAAAUGGAUUCGUGACAAAAGUCAGUGAUCCAUAACUUUCAUUAGUUUUGUGCUUAUAACUGGAGAUCUCUUGGCUUUUCUAUGUUCUCGGAUGUAAUGUCUGAGACUAGCUAAAUUAACACGGGCAUUUGUAUUUUGUAAUUGCUUUUUCUUUUUAAUAACUGGACAUAUUGUAUGUCAUUUUAUAGACAAUAGAAACACUUAGACUUACUUGAAAAUCCAAUGCUGCACCACUUGUAAUGACGGCAACACCUCUCUCUGCAUUGUACAGUGCUUCGGAUUUAGCGUAGCCCAGGUGAGUCAGAAAUAUCUUGACCCGAAUGUGUAUAACCAGUGUUGGUUGUGGCACUUGGAGUAAUGGCUAAAAGGUGAUAAUGGCAUUGUUUGGUGGCUGACAGUGAGCACCUCUGGUUCCACACAGCUCAUGCUAAAGACUUGCUAUUAUCACAGUGGGGCAUUCCUGGGGUGGGCCCACAGCUUGAAUGAGUUGGGUGAUUGCUUCUUUCAGAAGAAUUAUUUCUCUUGGUCCAGAUUGUUUUCUAUGGAAGGGGGUAGAACUGCAGUUACUGCUUGAACUGAACUUGAGAAAUGGGAAAGACACAGUGCUUCAGAGCUGUUAGUGUCACUCGUUCCUUGAGCCUGGUCAGAUCCCGGAAGAUUUCCAAGUCUGUCUGCUGCAUUCAUGAAGGAUGGAUUUUAAAGACUUGCUGGUCACACCACUCCACAAACUCCUUCAGACAUCUGUUGUUUGAUAACUGCCUAGAAAAUAUUUCUCUCUCUCCUAACUCCCUGUGUCGUUCUCUGUGGAAGUGGAGAACAGGUAGCAUACAAGGUCUCUGUUCCUUUGGUAUUCUCUUCUCCUGACUAAAUUACCCUGGUUCCUUUAAACUUCCCUGAGAGGCCUAAUGAUUCUAAACUGAAAUCACAGCUCUCCUUUCCAUUUGUCUCUGAGCCAACCCAGAACUGACUGUGGUACUAGAGUAAAAGCCAUGCUGAGGUCCACAUGGGAGUUUUACCUCAUGGUUCCAGGAUGAUUUGAAUUUUGUGCCAG